AUGGCGAGAAAAGUGAUCGUUGUGACUGGGAGUGCUUCAGGUAUGGGCUUCGCAACGGCUACAGCUCUUGCUAAUAGUGGAGUCCAUCUUGCACUUUGGGAUAUCAACGGUAGUAAGCUUGAGGAGAUCGCGAAGUCCUUGAAAGACCAAUAUUCGGGAAAUACCUUGGCUCAAACCGUCGAUGUGUCGGACCGCGCUGCUGUCAAUGCCGCCUUAAUUGAGGCACAGCAUCGGCUCGGCGCCAUUAAUGCGAUUGCGAACUUUGCGGGGACUGGCGGUCAUCAAUUGGGAGUGGAAUCGAUCUGGGAGACAGGCCCCGAGGAGUUCGAGUUUAUCACCAACCUGAAUAUCAGGGGUCUUUUUAGUAUAUUAGGCGAAGCUUUGACUCCUAGGUUUCUUGGUGAACUGCAGAGUGUUGUGCAUAUUGCGAGCAUGUUCGCUACCCGAGGUUACAAGAACGGGGGCAGUUUUCGCUGCUAG